AUGGCUAGCACGUCAGGGAUGGGAAGAACUCUGAGGAAGCGCACGAUCUCCAGUAACAGCAUGCAAGGAGGAGUAACUGGGACGAGGCGAGGGAGUAACGGGCAUCCACCACCAGAGGAAUCACGAGCUGCUGCAAGGGAAUUAAUGCUUUUUGGGUUCUUAUCUUUGCUACUUACUGUAACAAAAGAGCCUAUUUCAAAGAUUUGUAUCCCUAAAAGUAGUAGUGAAACUUUUCUUUCAUGCAACUACAACAAGUCUUUAGACGAAAACGUCUUUGAAGAACCCUCAUGCCUAAACAAGGGAAAGGUUUCUCUUAUCUCCGGAGACGGAGUGAAUCAACUUCAAAUUCUAAUCUUCAUCUUGGCUCUUUAUCAUGUCUUCUCAUGUGUUCUUACGUUUAGUUUUGGCCACCUAAAGAUGAGAAGUUGGAAGUCCUGGGAGGAGGAGACAAGAACGUUGGAGUAUCAAUUUUCAAACGAUCCAAGGAGAUUCAGGCUCACCCAUCAAACAUCAUUCGCACAGCGACAUCUUAAGUUCUGGAGUGAUCAUCGUCUCCUUCGCUGGCCGGUCUGUUUCCUUCGUCAGUUCUAUGGCUCAGUCUCUAAAACUGAUUACUUCACACUCCGUCAUGGAUUCCUCACUGCUCACUUUGCAGAAGGCAGCAGUUUUGAUUUCCGAAUGUUUCUAAGGAGAGUUUUGGAUGAGGACUUACAGGUGGUCGUGGGUACAAGGAUUUUACAACCAUUUCUGGCUUCCUUUCCUUCCUCUUCUGUUGGGACAAAAUUACAAUUAAUCAUAACCAAAAUGUGCUUAGAAAGCCGUGAUUCAGCUUCUGUUGUUUGUGGGACUUUGCUGGUGAAACCCCAUGAUAAGUUUUUCUGGUUCAGCCGGCCUCAGUUGGUUCUUCAUCUUCUACAUUUCAUCCUAUUUCAGAACUCUUUUCAACUGGCAUUCUUCACUUGGACAUGGAUUAAGUUCGGAAUGAGAUCUUGCUUCCAUGAAGAAACAAAUAACAUUGUUAUAAGGCUCGUCGCUGGAUCACUAGUUCAUGUCCUUUGUGGAUACGUAACACUACCUCUAUAUGCUUUGGUUACACAGAUGGGUUCAUCGAUGAAAAAAGAGGUAUUCACGCCAACAGUUAUUGAGGGUCUAAAGAGCUGGCAUAACGACGCCAAGGGAAACAAAGAUGGAAGGAAAAAUAAUUUGAAGAAACUGUCGCCUUCUCACAGAGUUGACAAUGCACUGUGUGACAAUCAAGAACUAGAAACCGUACAAAUUGAUAAUUCUUCGCCACAAGGAACUGGCUAUACACAAAAUCCCUCAGCUGGACAUACAGCAGUGGAAAUAAUGGAAGAAGAAGUGGCGUAUGAAAAGACUUAAUGUAAAAAUUAAGUAUGGUUAGACUUCCAAAUUUACUGAAUCAAUGACAAGAACUGGAACUUAUCAUUAGAGAUUUUCUCGGAGCUUCUCCAUAAUAAUCAAGACCCAUACUAUUUUUCCAUUGUUAUAACUUAUGAAAUAUUGUACAGAGAAUAAUUAUAG